UUCACCACCAUAAUCAACAAAAUCAAGAUUUUGAUCCUUACCGUAAGACGCAACGUCGACCGUUCUCUGCCUUCCUUACAACCUCUUCUCGCCGAUGACGAUGAUUAUGACAGUGAAACAGACUUCUCCUGCUCAUCUUCCGACGAUGAAGAAGAAGAGGAGGAGGAGGAGGAGGUGGAGGGAGAAGACGGAGAAUACGAAGUUUCAACGUCGACAUCGUCCAAGUGGAGACACAUCGAUGAAGAUAAUAAACCGAGGGGUUCGGACCAUUACGACGGCGACGAGUUGCAUAACGGUAAAUUUGGGCUCCGUCGACGGCGGCGAAGCAGCGGCAGCUUCGGGGACCUCUUCUCUUGGUCCGAGCUCGCCUCGGGGAAGAGUGUGGUGAAGCUGUGGGACAAUCUCGGGUUAGGUUUCCGGUUAGAUGACGUCGACGAAGGCCAAGACGUGGCGUCAUUCAUCGGCGAGAAACGUGGAGUUAUCUAUCGCAGAGUCUCCGGGUCUCCCGCCGUUGUUGUGGCAGCCGGACAGAAUCAGUCGGGGAGAGUUGCACUGAGCGCGUGGGACACGCGCUCCCGGUGCCGGAUACCUGCUGUCCUCGGAGAAUGGAGACCCAAUCUGGGGAGGAUUGCGGGGGUCAAUGUCGACGGCGGCGGGGUGAAGGUUUACGUCAGGGAUGACGUCAGCGGCGGGCUGAAAGUUGGAGAUAUGAGGAAGGUAGCGUCGCCGCUUGCAGACCUGACGGAAUCUGCUGAUGUGGACACCUGGUGGGAUGCUGACGCCGUUAUCGUGACGGAGGAAUCGAUGUAGGAAGAAACGGAAAAAUAAUUUGAUUAUUGGAAGCAAGGACAUUUCUGUAAAUAUUCAAUUAUUUAUUUUGAAGUGAAUUGGUUUCGCAUGUCUCUACGUUACCCUUUUGGUCUCGUAACUCGCCAUUCAAUAUGAAAAACCAUAUUAACAAGUUA